CAUGCGUAGCAGCGUAGCGUACAACAGUAAACAAACAAUUAUUUGGUUAUAUUGCGUUUCGAAUAACUUCUGCAUACAGAUUCUUUCCACGCGUGAACUAACUUCUAAUUAUUGGAUUUGUUGAUACCGGUUUUCAUAUUCUGCUAAAGAUGUUCAAGAUCGUAGAAACCGUGGAAAAUAAUAGAAAAGUGUUGACGAUUGUGCCUACAAAUUGGGAAACGAAUCGUACAUUAUCCAUUCCUAGAAGAUUUGCCUCCAAGUUGCAACGGGAAAGUGAUUCGGUCCCCGAACCAAAUUGGAUUACAUUGCCAUGCAAAGUAAAAAGGAGUUUUUUACCUUCCUUCGAAAUGGCUGAAGAGGAGUUGGAUCGAAUGGUCGAUGCCGAUGAAACCGACAGAGAUGACCGAGUCAUGAUACCGGCGCCUACUCCAUGCAAAAGACCCAGAGUUUCAUUACCCAAGAAAAUAUGCAGCACUAUUAAUGAUACUGCUAACUUUAAUUAUUUAGCAAACUCUUGCAUAAUUAACGACAAUAGAGAUAUGGUAGAAUCACCACUUGCAGCAGUUCCUGCGCUGAAGGAUGAAGAGCAAAAUUUUCAAUCGUUUAAUUUAAUUAAUUCAACAAGUCAGCAAACCAUUCAGCAGAUGGAAACUUUUGAUGCUCAAGUAGUGUCAACUGAAGCAACAAACAACGAUAACAAAAAAUUAGAUACAAUUAUGACAACCCUGGAAACUGUUCUAGAAAAUCAACACAAAAUCAUGAAAGAACUUUCCAAUUUUCAGGUAGUUUUUGAAAUGACCAUGAAAAAAAAGAAUGCUUCCGAAUCACAUAGCCAAAAUAAUUGUGACAUCUCGCCAAUAAGGCCAAUUGAUUCCUUAGAAACCCUCAAAGAAUUCAAUGAGAAAUUGAAUGACCCAGAAGUAUUCACUGAAUAUGUUAAUAGACUUAGUUUUAUAUGUGGUCGAGAUACAAGGAUGAAAGGUAUCGAUCAUGGUUAUUUGUUAGUGGACAAAUUUUUCACAAGAAAUUUCUUUACUUUGUGUUCAUGGGCUGGCGGUGCGAGAGUCCCAAAUUCCAAGUUUGGGUUUAAAUUUUAUGAAAAUGUAAUAAACUUGUUUUUCAAACUUGUGCACCUAGCAGAUCAAAAAUUUUCUCUGGAAGAUUGCGAAGAUUUCUUCAAAGGUGUAAUCCGGAAUUGUGUGAGAAGAAAUAAUGCUCUGAAUAUUAGAACUUCGAGAAGUAAAAACCGACCCAAAGAACUUUCAUAUAAUGCUCAAGAUGCUGGAAACGCAUCAAAGGGUCAUGAAGAAGUUUCAAUAACAAACAAUGAGGAUAAAAAUAUGGAACCUUCUAAUGAUGAGCAGGAAUAAUAACCUCAUACGUUUUUGAGCA